AUGGAGGAGGGGGCUGGUGCCGCGUCCCCGCUCUGGAACUGGGACUACCUGGACCGCUGCUUCGCCCACCGCCGUGUCUGCAUCUCCUUCAGCCUGUGGAUCUGCGCCGCCUGCUGCUGGAUCGCCGCCCACGCGCUGAUUCUCUACCUGAGAUGCACAAAAAAAUGUGGCCGGGACCAGUCAACACUGUGUGCUGCCUUCUGCCUCCUGACCAGUCUGUGUGACACGGUGGGGGCCAUUCUGGCCAGACAGCUCACGAUCCAGGUGUUCACGGGAGCCUACCUAGCAGUUGUCGACUUCGGGAACUUUAUGUCCAUCCUCUUCCCAGUCUGUGGAUCCAAAUCCAAGUCGAAGUCUGGUCGGAGCAGCAGAGAGAGGAAGAGAAGAAGGCAUCUGAGAGCCAGUGUGUUUGCCCUGGCUCUGCCUCUGUGCCUGGGUCCAGGCUGGGCCAUCUGGGCUGCUGUGCCCAAAGCUUCAGCCCUAGUCCGAGGGCCACAGCGGAGGCUGCUGGGAAGCCUGCUACAGGAAAACCCGGAAGUCUUUGGCUACCUGUUGGGAGGCAUCGCUGCCUUUGGCUCCUGGGCAUCCCGGAUCCCACCAUUCUCCAAUAUCUGUCGGGGGAAGUCAUUCUCCUACAUUCACCUGUGGACUCGGUUCCUGUCAGCUCUGGCUGGCCUCCUCUACGCCUCGGCCAUCGUGGCCCAUGACCGGCACCCUGAGUACCUCCUCCAGGCCACACCCUGGUUCCUGAUUUCCCUGGGCCGAGCUGCGCUGGACCUUGCUAUCAUCUUUCUGUCCUGUGUGAUCAAGAGCAAGAUGAGGCGAGCCUUCGGGUUUGCUGCUGAAGCCAGAGAGGGCCCCGACACACAAGCCCUUUUGACGUGCGCAGAGAAGGAAGAAAAUCAGGAGGCCGGGAUCGAAGACAAGAACUCAGAUUGGGUGCCUCUCACCAGCCUGUCACACUGCAAGCCACUGGGGACAAUGACAGCCAUCAGUCGCUACAUGGAGCUGACCAUUGAGCCUGUGCAGCAGGCUGGCUGUGGUGCCACCAGACUACCCGGUGACAGACAGACGGUGACUGGAGAUGCCACCUUGCAGGAGCCCCCCGCAUACCCUCCCAUUCAGGUCAUCCAGGCCAGAGUGUCUUCCGGCAGCUCCUCUGAGGUCUCCUCCAUCAACUCCGACCUGGAGCAGAAGUAUUGGGAAGCCCUAAACUCGGAGCAGUGGGACCCUGAGGAUGUCAACCUUGAAAGGAACAAGGACAAUGUGGAGUUCGUUAGCUCACAGAUGCACAGGGGUUCUUUGACUCGGGUGGACUUGACCUCUGACGACUGACCUCUCCAGAGCCAGUUCACCAGCUCAGAACUCAAGGUCAGGCAUCUUCCAGUGGGACAACCUACAGUGCCACUCCUGGCAGAAGUGGAAGCUGCUGCAGAAGCUUUCCAAGGAGUGAGGACCCCCCCCCCCCCAAGUUGUCACUUGGCUCAUGGCUCAAGUCUACCCCAUGGCUCAGAAUGGAGCUAAUAAGGCUGUGGGGCCAGUAGACAAAGCUGCACAGGCCACUAUUACUCUGAUGACGAGAAGUUCUCAGAUGAAUCCUGUUUGUAAAGAUAGGCUUCCUCUCAAAGGACAUGGGGUCUAUUGCCAUGAGAGUCAAGCGUAAAUACUGUUUGCUUAAUAACAAAAUAACGGACUCGCCAAGUGCUACUGUUUGGACCUCAAAAGAAUGCAUUCGAGAUUCAACUAAGCUCUGAUGAGAGACCUGGGCACAUACACAGGGACUGGCUUCUGCUGUCCAGUCCCUUAUGUAGCUACCACCACACGUUAUAUAGGACUGCCUGGUCAACCGAGUAUUUGAAAGAUCAUGGCAGGGCAGGGGCAACUGCUCUGUAAUCUUGGGAACAGGAUCCCCUCCAGCUUGGCAAAGUAUGGGCUGGGUUCGCACAGUAUGGGGUCUUAUGGACACAAAGCAAAGAGCAGUUCCAAGUAUGGCAAGGCCAUCUAAGGGUGGUCUUGAUACCAUGACCAUGAGGGGAAGAAUGAAGGGAAUAGGGCCAGGCGGGAGUG